CUUCGUUUCUUGCAAGAGGAGGGAAAAGCUUCUGUCUGGCCUUCACGGGACGGCGAUGGCGUCCUCUCCGAUCCUUCGCUUGGCGGUGGUCACGCUUGCGGCGGCGUUGUUCCUGCUCCUCACCCCGACUCUGAUCGAAGCUCGGCCGCAACGGAAGCUCUGCGGGCCGAAGGUCGAGGCCAUCGACUGGAGCUGUGGCGGUCCUAAUGUGUCGUUAGACCUGGAGCACGACUGCUCGGUGAAGCAGGGAAAGAAAGUGUUUGACUACGUACAGAAGAAGCUGGUCGGCGAGGGCUGGCCUGCUCUCACCACGAGCCGCGUUAUGCAGGAGUACGUCCGUGCGUACGUGGCAAUCAAGCUGCGUCAAAAGAUCUGCGUCUGGUACAACCAUCAGUGCAACCAGCAGUGUCCCCGCAACGGUGCUUCCUGCGUGACGUCCUGCCUGUCCAACUUCAGGGGAUGCAAAUCGAGCGACCCCACGGACUGCUGCAAGCCCAAACCUCGCUGCAACCACACCGCCCCAGCUAGCGGGAGGCGAUUGCUCCAGGAGAACGACAGCAACAACAACGCCAACAUCAAGACUGUGCAGGUAACUAAGACGGGGACCACCUCGGACGGAGACAUGCUGGCGGCAAUCGCAGAGAAAAUGGGGAACGCGGGAAUCGAGAAAGGACAGGCGUGUGCGGCAUGCUUAACGAACACAAUUCCCGGGGGAGGGGACAACCCGAAGAGACGAAUGACAUGCUCCGCCGCCGGCGGUGAAGGCCCAGCUGAUAACAGCCAAGCAGAUCCAGGAGCAUCUGCAUCGCCAAUCCCGUAAGUUAACAUACUACGGUACACAUCCUCAGUCUAUGUGUCCUACAGGUAGUAGUGGUCAGUGGUCAGUGCGGUCCAUGCCGGAGGGUGGUAGUUUAGUAUAGGGACG